CCACAAUAUCUAGGUUUUUGUAGGAAAACAUAAACCAAGAUCUUGCGGUUUUUCAUAAUCAUCUCCUGUGCGAUUUUUGAUCUGUAGUCAGAUCUGCAAGAAGAUGGGUCUAGAAAGCAGAGGUCCUGCUUGCGCCGACUCCACCACCAACAAGGUGGAAUCCAUUUCCGCCGGCAUCGCGGGAUUUGGCAUCUUAGGACUGUGCGUUUUAGGUGGCUACGCAGAAAGCACAAGAGAGGGCAUUUUUCAAAUCGAGGAUCUUCCUGUGCUUGAGAAGGAGAAGAACGGAGAUGUUGUAUCUGAUAAAGUUGGCACGGUUCGCACGAUCGUGAUUUCGUUCUUCCUAACCUGCGUGAUCGACAUUGUCGUUGCAGUGGCGUUAUUGGCUUUCUGCGUUGCGAGAGCCUGCUAUUCUGGCUCAGGAGAAGUAGAAGUAGUGGCACUACUAGUACCUCUACCGACUAUCCUUCUCGCAGUGAUUGCUGCGCUAUUCCGAGUGGCCUAUGUCUUAAGGCUCGACACAAUUGUUCCUUUCCAACGGAGGAUUCGGAAGAAAUAUUUAUGUAUCUAAUGAAAGCGCCUACAAUGAAUCUAAACAAUUUCCUCAUCCUUCUUAUGGGAUUGAAAUGAAUUGUUUUGUGCUCUAAAUGUCUGCGUCCUUGCUGCCUGUCUCAACGGGCUUGCCCAGGUUCCCGGAAUGCUACUGCAGAAACAAGAGGACGCAGCAUCAGAAGCCGAGUUGGGCGUUCUUAUCUUAUGCUUGAGGUCGGUGGAUUCAUCACCGAGGAAGAUGGGCCUUUAUUUUCAAAUAGAACAAAGUAGAAGUAAGCUUGUAGUUUUAAUACCCUGAAUAAAGUAAAGUCGUGCCGGUUCUCAAUUGACAUCUUCAUGAUGGGUGUGUUUCUUUUCUAGAAGAACUCACUGCAAUACUACAUACCACUCAUCAAGAAUGCUUCUCUAAUAAGCAAACAGCAUUGGGAAGCUUUCGCGCUGGGGUUCAACGGCGUAGCCUUAGGCCUUUUUGGCUUACAUUUAGGUCUGCUCGGCGUCGUUCUGGCUUUCUUGACGACCCCGACAGCAGCUAGCACAGCGUCUUCAUCAGGAGUAGAAGCAUCAUCUAGUACAGCUUCUACACACACACCAUCCCCCAGGACAGCUAGCAUAUCAUCGACGCAGCUCAUCGUUGCAAUCUUGCUCGCUGUUGCAGGUUUUGGGUACACGGGAGAUGCUGUAGGAAUAUUCCUGCAGGACGCAACGUAUGGACUCGCAAAAAACGGUUGUUUCGUGGGUGAGGUCGUCUUUAUGGUUUGGCUUCUCAAGGUUUGGUGGAGUACAAGGAGAAGUAGCGUCAAUAACAUUGAAGAAAGUCGGAGGACGGGUUCGUCGAGCAGUGCGAGACCUUUUUUAGCGGAAUGA